GCGUGGAGUUCAGGAUGCGGAAUUAACGCAUCCGCUGCGCCCGAACCGGACUGAAUAUGGCGAGCACCGAGAGCAAAAGCGGGUCUUCGGAAAACUUUCACACACCCGAGCCAAGCGGAGCGGACCAGCCGGGCGCGAGAUGGGGUCCACAGCAUGCAGGUGCUCGAGAGCUCGCGGAGUUAUACUCGCCAGGAAAAAGAUGUCAGGAAUUGAUCAGCGUGCUUCUUUGCUUUACCCUCAUGGCCUUCAACUUCUGUUACCUAGUAACAUACUUCCACCUAGGACACACCUGGUACAUCCUCCUGGGCAUCGUGGCAGGGAUCCUGACAGCAGACUUUGCCUCUGGUUUGGUCCACUGGGGUGCUGACACAUGGGGUUCAGUGGAUCUGCCCAUAGUUGGAAAGGCCUUCAUUCGUCCGUUUCGAGAGCACCACAUCGAUCCAACAGCUAUAACACGCCACGAUUUCAUUGAGACGAACGGUGAUAACUGUAUGCUGACUAUCGUCCCUCUGGCUAACAUGGCUGCAAACUUCUUGAUGCUCUCACCAGCGGAGAUCUAUCGGAACUACCCCUGGUACUGUUACGUCUUUGCUUUAGCCAUUUUCGUUACGUUGACCAAUCAGAUUCACAAGUGGUCGCACACAUACUUUGGGCUCCCACGCUGGGUGACGUUUCUUCAGGAUUGUCAUAUCAUUUUACCACGGAAACACCACAGAGUUCAUCAUGUUUCACCUCAUGAAACCUACUUCUGCAUUACCACAGGUUGGUUGAACUAUCCUCUAGAAAAACUGGGAUUCUGGAGAAACCUGGAAGAUCUGAUCCAGAGCCUGACAGGAGAGAAACCCAGAUCAGAUGACCUCAGAUGGGCCCAGAAAACCAAGUAAUCUUCCUCUGCCACCAACCCACCUCCCCUACCUCAGACCUGCUUAUAGGAGAACAAUCUUUCUCCGUCUAUUUGUCCUCCCUCAGACAGAACCAGUGGAAAGGCAAGGUAUCAAAGCCCAAAUUAGAAAGCCAUCAAUUCUUAGCAAACGUUAAGUGAAAGAGGGUUGACUGAGCGAUUGAAAGCAAUAUCCCACCCCGCUCACUCUAAAGAUCCAAACAUCUAAAUCCCUGUUGAAAACUUGAGACUUUUGUGAAAUGUUUAAAACUCUUCAAAGUGCAAAAAACAAGCAAAUUUAAAACGCCAAUACUUGAACAAAGUGGGCUCUUUUUCUGGACCUUCUCAUCCUUCAACUGCUCAAAGCUUUGCUGACUAGCUUGUUUCUGAGGGACUGGCCUCUGCUCUUGGGUUUGGCCUUUGGGACUGAUAUCUUUUGCUCUCACCCUUCUCUUGUUUGGGGUUAAAGUGCAGUAAACUCAAGGCAUUUAGGCUCUUUGACCACAGAGGGCUGGAAACACGUGUCUUCAUCUGUUGCUUGUGUCUAAACGGACAGAGCAGCAUCAUAUGCAGUCUUACUUCAGUACGCCUUAAAAGACGAAAUCACAAGAAACUUGCUUUGCUUGGCCUCAUCCUUACACUUCAUUCAUCUUUUCAUUAGUAAUACUUUCUUUUGAAGCACAUUCGCAAAUUCAGAGGUGCUGGAAGCAGUCAGCUGUUGACCAAGUAUAUUAGAAGUAUUUCCACAUAGGUUCAUAUUUAGGUCUUUAGUGUUUCAGUGUGAAUAAGCCAUGAGAUCUACAUUAGUGUCCUCGCUGCUCAACACUGAGACAACCCAAAAGAAACUCAGAAAAGGCCUCAUCCAUUUUUAUUUUGUAUUAACUUCAUUGUAGGGUAGAUUAACGCAAGCCUGACCAGCUGACUGACACAAACUAAGACUUUCACGCCAUUGCUUGAGUUUUGGAUUUGCAUCCAUUGUUACUUAACAGUUUAAUGUUCAAUUUAACUCUAGCAUGUUAAAUCACACAGCUCGUAGUUCUUAUUUAAUAAUAGUAUGAGAUGUUAAAGGCAGUUACAGCAUGAUGAAAACGACAGAAUCAUCAGAACAUCUAGCUGUCUACUGACAACUACUACUAACUGCUUAUUUAAUGAGCGUUAUACACAUUUUCUUUUAUAAAGCUGCAAUGACAAUGGAUUAGAAAAAGAUUUAUUUACUUGACUUUAUAUUUAAAUACAGCACUAGUCACGUUUUCAAGUAAUAGAAAUAUUAAGAAAUCUUUCACUAAUAAAUAGGGAAAAAAAAGAUCUUUGCUUUGCUUUAAAAGGUGUUGCUAUUCAAGCAAUGUAGUUUAGGCAGUGUUUAUCAUGUGCGUGGUUUCAUUGUAACAGUCGUCUUAUAAGAGUGAGGAAACGGAGGAAGAAAUGAACAAUGAAUAUUUUAUAUCAAAUGUAACAUAAUUGUGAUCAUUUUUGUUGUGCCAUUUUUUUGUUACUUCAAUUUUUUUUUAAUCCGUUUAUUUUUCUAACAAUAACUGUUACACCUUGUUUGCAAAGAUGAUUUUCAGGCCUUCAAAACUCCAAAACUGUAAAGGUCAAUCUAAUCAAGUUACAGCUUUUAAGUUUUAUGCUUGUGUUAAUAUUCAUGCCAAAACCUUGUUACUGUCAGCAGCAAUGUGGCAGUUUGUGUGUUUCAAUAGGUCAGUAUGGUGAUAGUACAUGUUUAGAUAGAUCAGCUCUGCAGAAGGUCAGAGAACAUGUUUUAGAGAGCGAAUCUAUUCAUCCUGAGCUGUUAAAUUGUUACAGAGGAGUCAGCCAGAACUGUAAAAAAAAAAAAAAAAAAAAAAGGAUUUAUGAGCUGAUUCAUAAUGUCAUGUGUUGUGUUACAUCUUAUUUUCCUCCUUUUCUGAAUUCAGGAAGAUUUGUUUAGUGGAGAAUUGUAGUAUUUUUGACAGUCGAUUUAAUAUCUUAUAUAUUUCUAUGCUUAUACAAGAUGCCAAACUUAUUUUUGCUCAGCUAAUAGAUCUGUUGUGGUGUGUUUGGUCUGUGUUUAUUUGAAGAGGACACUCCAGCAGCGAUUUAUUUUUUUCACUGAACAGGGAACUGAAGCUUAAACCAAUUACUUUGAUUUAGUAAAUGUUACAUUUGUCACCGGGCUAUACGUUUUUAUGAUGACGUUUUCUUCUAUAUUCUACAUUGCGCUGUGUGGACGAUCAUAUCAUAUUACACAGCUCUAUUAUUAUUAUUAUUUUUUUUCCCACCAGCUGUAACAUUUCUAAGCUUAUUUCCUAUUGAUUCAAAAUGGUGGAAGAGGUGCGAUGGAGCAGCCUGUGAUCGUGAAGUGGUGAUGCAGUGAAGAUUGUGCUUUUGUCUGGUUAAGCUUGUUCUGCAGGGCUAAUUAUUAUAUAAACCCACAGAAAUGCAGGAUUUUUGCUUAAGAAAUGUUACUAGUUCGGUGUGCAAUGUAUUGUGGUAACUGAUUGUAUUAUCAAACAUGCAGGAUUAGAGUGUUAAAAACCAUUGCUCUGUUGAGGCUCCUUGCUUUCCAUAUACAGCUCAGUAAUACGUGGCUGGGAGGAGAUUGAAGUAAUCACAUUGCACUUGCUCAAAAAUAUUGUAUUUUGUCUUAGAUAACAAAGCAAAGCCAAUCCCUUAUUCACAGGGGUCAUUUGAUCGAUGACCUUUGGCAUUCACACUUGUUACUGAAUGUUUGUUCUUACUGAUUUAUUGGAAGAAGCCUUUAAAAUGCUCGGCUGAUUUUGCGGUUCACCUCAAAGUCUCACAUUCAGUACAUUUUUGUAGGACGGCUACUCGUUGAAAACUGAAAAUAACGCCUUAAUGCCUUUUUUUGUUGUUGUUUCCUGUUUUGAAAACUUUUAUGUCAUUAAGUUCAUAUUUAUAAUGAAAUUAAUAAAGAACUGGAAAGAUG